CCUCCUACAAUGCAACGCGUACUGGCCAAGGGAAGCCUCCAACCAGAUCAAGAGAAACAAGGGAUUAUGUGCUAGCUAGAUACUAAACAAAGCGACCCUCCCCAGCCGUCUGGUUUAAAUUCAUCGUGAUAGAUGGUCCUUGAGAUUUAUGAUCCUGUAGUAAAUAAUAAACUCGGAAAUUUGUCUUUGGAGUACAAAGUGUCUAAUCAACCUUGUAUCAGGACAUCAACUAGCCUGCUUUAGCUGGGUCUCCACAAGGCAGCGGUGGACUGUGUGUGUGUCAUUGUGGCAAAUCUCUGAAUAAUUAAUUGGAGUAACAAUGAUGAACAACGAGGAGACAGCCGCUCAACCGAAAGCCGCCGCCGACGACGAUGGCAUGUCAUGGUGGUACCGAUGGCUCUGCAAAAUCGCUGGGGUUUUGGGAGGAAUAUCCUGUGCCAUUGCGGGAAUAUGGAACUGUGUCACCGUCAACCCCUUGAACAUCGCCGCGGGAGUGUGGAUGGUGUUGAACGCCUGCGUGCUGUUCCUGUGUGAAGUGCCGUUCUGCUGCCAGUUCGUGGAGUUUGCUAACGCGGUGGCGGCGCGGGCAGAUAAACUACGGCCCUGGCAGAAAGCCUUCUUCUACUGCGGGAUGGCUUUGUUUCCCAUAUGCCUCAAGUUCUCCAUCAACACCUUGUUUGGGAACGCCAUCGCCUUCGCCACAGGGGUCCUGUAUGGCCUAGCUUCUCUGGGGAAAAAAGACAAUGCUCUAAAACACCGAUUUUCACGUUUUAUUAAUGGGGGAGACGCUGUGAGCUACGCCAGGCUGCAGCACCAGAAACAGGGGGAUGAAGAGAAGAUGACGGGGACAAUAGAUGACGGCCCUCAGUGAUAAAGUUCAUCCAUCCCUCCAGGUCUCCUCCCCCCUCCCCACUGCCCUUUUUCUGAGUCCUCUUCUUGAGUUUGCACAGAGCAUCCCGGUACUCUACAAAAGGACAAAGAUGUCAUCAAUAUCUCACUCAAAUCCAGCCCUCUUGUUUAGCAAGGUAUUUAGUUUCUGGAAAGGCUGCAUCUGUAAUGUGUAUAUUUAAACUCAUCUGAUGGUUGGUAUUCCAUAUGGAUUUGAUCUGUUGUUUCAAUGUUAUUGCGUGAACUACUUUCCUUUUUAGAUUGGAUUUGUGUUGGCAUGUUCAGCGAAUAGCUGUAGUAUAGUUUUUUUUUUUUAGUUUGUCAGGUAAAUUAUUUGUUUGUUUUUCUGUUCUUUGUCAACUUGAUAUUUGAUAACCCUUACACAGUAUGGCAAUCAGAAAGGGAUGCAUCUGUUUAGCCAAUGAGCUUUUUAGUAAAUAUUGGUUAGUAUUCCAUGGAAACGUCAGUCAUGCUUUUAAUUCUGUCACCCCGUAUGACCCUCAUGUGUGCUAUAGAUGUGGGGAUCCAAAAUUCUGGCUAGUAAGAAUGUAUAAUGUUACCCAAAGAUGUCCGUUUUUAACACAGAUCUUCAGUUACUUUGUGGUGCUCUGCCACGUCCCAUGAGGCACCGGUACGUUACGAGUGCCAGUUCUUCGCUCAAAACUGGUUCUGUAUGGACUGUUAUGGAACCGUGAAUUCUUAAAGCUUUCUGUGCAUGGUUGAAAUGAAAGCAGAUAUUCGUACUGUCCCGUGUUCUCUAAUCCUUCUUGCCUGACCGCCGACACAACUGUUGGUAAAUAUUUUGUGUGUUUUUGUGGAGAGGAAUGUGAGCUUAACUGCUAUGCUGCUUUAGAAUCGUAUUUCUUACCUUUUUGUCAGUGUUGGGACUUUCCUUAUACUUUGACCUAAUGCCGACUAUGAUCGUCCUGUGCUUGACACUACUGACAUGGUCAGUCUUGACCAAUCAUGAAAAGAGAGGUGACCAGACCCCUAGGUCUUCUAACCACGAAUGCAUGUAAAGGCUUUUAUACAACGAUACUGAGGGAAUCUUGUCUUCAGGGACUGUGUGUGUAUGUAACCCAUUGGAUUAAGACCCAACACUAUUUAAACACUAUCUUCUAUUUCAGACUCAGAUCACAGGGCUUUAAUGUUUUUUCUUAUUUAUCUCCUGGUGCAGUUUGGUUGCUUUUCCCUUUGGAGUGACAGUGAAGCAAUGUCUCUGUUACUGUAUGUAAUACUCAAACACUGACUCGGAGCAAAGUAACCCUGCAAUCUUGCUGUCCAUUAUCCUCCAAGACUUUUCAGAACCAUACAGCCAUCUACUAACUGAUCUGUUCUCAGGUAUUUAUUUUCAUCUGUGCAGUAAACAGGGUAACCACCAACUAACAGCAUUGCAGGAUUGAAGCACAAUCCACACACUAACCAGCUUUGGUACACACACCAGCAACACACCAAGUAAAAAAAAUAGGUAAAACUUUGAUAACCUUGUCGUUCCCCUGAAACUCGUCAACCGUUGCCUGUUAAACCGGAAUAUGCUAGUCUUUUUAGGCAGUUGAAUUUGACGUCCCUAGUCAGUUUUUCUGCGUGACAUGGAACACACAACACCAUCCAAGCCUAUUUGUGAUACUGUGUCGUGUUAACUCUGGUCUAAAGCAGAAAACAGCACUUGCAGCACCACGGUGUUGCAGAGCCAGCCUUAAAGCAUGCCAGUAGUUUGUGUUCUGCUGUACGGGAUGUGUGCAUAUGCAGACGGAUUAACCAGAAUUACCUUAACUUGUCCGUUGCUUUUGAAUGAUGUGAUCUACAAAAACAAUACAAACACGAUUUGUUUUUGCUUCCUAUGUGGCAUUGUUUUCUCCCCUAUUCUGACAAAAUAAAGUUCAGCUUUUUUGUAUGUG